AUGUCGAAUGAUGAUUUUGCCAUGAGAGUCUCGGAGAAAAUCCGAGAUAAUUCCAUGCUCAGGGAGCUUCGUCAGGAUGUGAGCAAAAUGUGCCGUCAAGACCAGUUUUCUUCCUUUCCAGGAUCUCAACCCGUUUCGAUGAAUCGUGAAAAUAUGAACUAUUUAUCGUAUAUCGAUUAUUGUGUGUGCGAGAAAACUGAUGGAGUGCGAUACCUUCUGCUAAUUUGGGAUAACAAAAUGUACUUUAUCGAUCGGCGAUACGAUUUUUAUUUGGUAAACGAGGUAAAGCUUGCCGCAUAUCCUCAGCCACAAUCAAACCACAGUGUGAACUUCUUAAAAGCUACGCUACUCGACGGCGAGCUCUUACUUGAAACGAAAGCGAAGUCCCCUUACCUCUGCUUCUGGGUCUUCGAUAUAAUGUGCUACAAUGGCAAUCGGACCGUCUCCGAACUCUCCCUUUUAAACCGUCUUCACCUCAUCCGAACCUCCGUCAUCUCGCCCAUCCAUUCCCUGAACGUGAAACUACCCUUCGAAAUCCGCAUGAAGCCAAUGUACAACAUCGAGCAAACGGUGUUUGUCUGGAAUGACGUAGUGAAGGACCUCUCUCACGAGAGCGACGGACUCAUUUUUACGCCUAUUGAGGACCCUUAUCAAUCGGGAUCCUGCUUCCGCCUGCUCAAAUGGAAGCCGAUCUCGAUGAACUCGGUGGAUUUUAAAGUCUAUGCGGAAUAUAUUCGUUUGUUUUGUUUGUGGACUCAAGCAGAGGAUUCGGUUUGCUACCGAUUGCAAGCUUUGAGGGACGGAAUCGAUGUGAACUUCGACUGGAUUUCGUUUGAGGGGAAGGAGGAGGAAGCUCUCUACGGACAUUCGGGGCUGAUCGUGGAGUGCGUUUUCGAUGAGGUGGGAGCGAAACGAAGCGAAUGA